AUGAACGCUUCGUGGUUCGUUACAUUAGCUCUGACAUUAUUUUUGGCAAUUGGAAAACUUCGAGCUGCGUGUCCGCCUGGAAAAACAGGUCCAGACUGCGAUAUACCGAUAUGCGACACACCAGGGUCAGUAGAGCAUCAUGACGGAAUGGAAGGGUAUGGAGACUACAUAUUCUGGGAAGUUUCCUUCGGAUGUAACCAGGAAUAUCCCGUCAAUAUUGAUGAAUACGUCAACGAUAUCACCGUUUCAGCAUAUGGAAAUGGACAACGAUUUAGCUGUGGACUUUAUAAAGAUGAAAAGUUAAUUAUUCCUUCCGAUGUAAGCAGUACAGGGACAGGUUGGGAAAGUGGACAUUACGACGGCAUUGGUCUUGCUCAUGGUUACGGUCAAUACACGGUCAAACUAAGUACCGAAAGCACUACGCAGUGCGAAAUAAGCGUUAGCGCUGUCACCGCAGUGGUAGUAAACGGAGGCUUUAUCACGGAUUUAAGUGACAGCAAUGUGCAGCAACUUGCACCAAGACCUCAUCAGGGAGUUGGGCAAUAUCCAAAAGUUAACGUGUCUACUUACUUUGCAUUUGAAGUUAGCGAUGCUUUGAGAAGGCCAGGCAGCGCAACUUCGGUAACUACUUAUAUGGCAGAGGGUUUCGAGCAUACAGAGUUGGUCAGUGGGUACGACACAAUGUACAACCAAUGGGACCGAGUAUAUCCGUUCAUGUGUGAAGGGGGUACAUCUCCAACAACAGGACCGUGGGUACCUCCAACAGAGUGUUACAACGGAGGCAUAUUGAUUAAUGGCGGCACACAGAAUGCAGAAUGCUAUUGCGGUUACUACUAUGAAGGAAAAAGUUGUGAAACUAUACGAUGUUUCCACGACGGUUAUGCAUGGGCUGCAGACUCGUGCGCUUGUGCAGAAGGAUAUAGUGGGACAUACUGUCAAGACGUGAACUGUAGAGAUAAAUCAUACGUUGACGGCCUUCAUUAUCGCGCAAUAGUAUUUGUUAUUCGAACAGGCCGUUCUAUGAUAGACCAUAUCACUCAGAUUACUACUGCAGCUGAAAACAUUGCUUCAUAUUACGCUUUAAUUGAUCCCACUUAUAUACAACAAUGGGUUCUGGUAACAGUGUCGCAAGGAACUGUGAAGAUGACUACUUACGAUUCUAGUAUAGUAUUUAUUUCGGCUAUUAACACCCUUCCAACUACUGAAGACACAAUAUGUAAUGACGUACUGUUUGAAGGAAUAAGCGCUUAUCUGUCAUCCUCAUAUGCUGAGGCGUACAAACGCUCAUCAAUAUUUGUCUUUUCUGAUGGCCUACCAGACGACAGCGAAGAAACACGAUUUGGACUGUAUCAUCAAUUUAGUUUCUUUAGAGGACAGAUUUUCUUCAUACUUGCUGAUUCAUCUAUUGGACGAUGUUACAUCGAUAAAUCGGCUGAAGAAUAUCGCAGCCUAAGAUCUAUCGCGCAGUUUACUCAUGGACAUGUUACGUAUGUCGACAUCAACUAUAUUAGUCAAUCAAAAUUACUGGAGGAAAAGCGUAUACCCAGUGAAAUGGUAGAAGAAGAUUCACUACAGUUUAUUCUUUUCAAUUUGGCUAUUUUAUUUGAAGCAGAAAAUUUAGUAGUAAUAAUGUUGCAAAUUGUUAAAAGGAGCAUGAAAAUAAAUGUCUGCAGCAUCGGCACUCUCUUUGGCAUUGCAGUCGACGAUGGAAAAGCAGCUUACUUACUUGCAGCAACAAUGCAUCAAGCAGUGCAAGUGAUGACCAACGAUUUUCUGGAUUCCUGCUUAAAAGCACCGAAAUAUCAGUCGUUCUUUAUUGAUGAAAGCCUGAAGAGUUUCUAUGUGACGGGCGUCGGAGACAGCUUAGUCGCAACCGUUAUUACUCCCGACCGUACUGUUCUCGAAUUGGAUACGCUUUAUAGUCAGGGUGACCUGCACAUUUGGAAACUAGAAAACGCAACGGUUGGAGGUUACCUGCUAAGCUUGAAAAGUGCUGGAGCGGGACCAUGCAGCAUUCGUGUAUACGGAAGUGCAGAGACUGCUCUCUGGUUUGGUACGACUGAUAAUGUGAAUGACGAUUUUGAGCUUACCCUUCCGACGACAACAAAAGAGGCUCAUAUUGUGGCAUAUAUAAAAGGCGUCGAAAUUCCGGACACUUUCCAAACGCACGCCGAAGCUACACUGUGGUCAAAUGAAGGCCCGGAAGAUAAACGCGUUGUAAAAUACGCUUCAAACGGCAUAUACCGCGAUAACUGUGCCUACAACUUGUACUUUGGUGCUUAUCAAUGUGAAAGACCGUUCAGCUUCGUCUACAUUAACAUCUACAUGACCUCAAAGUCUGGAUCCAUUGUUCAACGUUCAGCGACAGCAUACUGUUCGACAACUCCACCAACGAGUACUCCACAAACAGACUGUCUCAAUGGUGGGCUCCCUGUAGGCAUUAACAAUACGUGCUUAUGUCCAGCACAUUACACUGGCGACAAGUGUCAACGAAUACAAUGUUUGAAUUUGGGUACAGCUGUUGGAGGGACAUGUACUUGUGUAAACGGAUUUACCGGAAAGUUCUGUCAAACAGCUAGUUGUACCAGAAGGAACGAUGAGGUCUACUUCAUUCCAAACGGUCGUUCACUGUCGUUAAUAAUACAAGAUUCUAUUUCAACAAGGAGUGCAAUAAAAGCUAUUUCGAAUCAACUACCCGGCCUUUACCAAGACCUUAUUCACCAGCACAAAGACUGGAUAUCAAACUAUCAGCUUUGGAGAUUCAACGAUACAACUUUUACAAAUGUAAUGUCGUCGUCAAAUCCCAACGACUUUUUAAAUGGUAUGAAGACACUGAAAAAUUCGAACGCAGAGCACAGCGAUCCAUCUUGUCGUAAUUUAUACGUGUUGCCGGGACUGCUUAAUGCGCUACUGCACACUGGUUUAACGUAUGACGGAAUUAUGUAUUUGUUUAUCAGCGGCUACAUGAAAUUUUCAACAACUGAUAUGAGUGCGUCGGCAGCAGUUUACGAAAUGUUACAAGCGACACGAGUUAAAUUGAAUGUGGUGCUGAUGUCCCCGGCUCCAUGUGGUCAAGAUCUGAAUAGUCCAGAAUCAACUGUUUUGAUGAACUUAGCUGCAUUCUCAGGGGGAGAGUUUACCAUGGUUAUGCCACCCAGAGCAGGAAAUGUAAUACGCUCAAUUCCUACUCUCUACCGAGGAAGCUAUAUAUAUGAAAAUUACGCAGUAAACUGUUCUCAACAACAGAACUUCUACUUUCCAGUGGAUUCACAGAUGCAGUCAUUUACAGCCUACAUUCUUGGAGAUCUAGAUCAGACUUCUAUAGCGUACUAUCAACCUAAUGGUUUUGCUAAGGCACCGUACACGCUAUGGUCAGAUAUUGGCAUGGGAUCUCGAAUGGACCAAAUUAUAAAAGAAUGUGAUGACGGUUGGGAAUUGCUGUCUAAUAGAUGUUGGUUGUUCGUGCUCAGAUCACAACCGUGGGAUGUUGCCCAGGCAAUGUGCCAUGCGAAUAAUGCCGUUUUAAUAACUUUAUUUAACGAAUACGAACAGAGCUACGUAAACCAGCAUACGAUGAAGGAAACUUAUUGGAUUGGGCUUCGAAGAGGGUCUACUGGUUUUGUUUGGGACACCAUUAAUGACAAACAACUGACUUUGGAAAGCACGGGUUACACUAACUGGGCCGCAGGAGAACCAACAAGUGACUCGAACAAAAUCUGUGUCACUGAUAAAGCAGCAGUUGGCUGGAAGAUGAAUGACUGCAGUGAAAGGCAUUCGUUUAUCUGUGUCAAACAUGCGUAUAAUGCGGACUAUGAGCCUGAUGCAGCUGAGAUUGGUGAACGUUUAGCUCGAGGAAUAUGGAAGUUAAGUAUGCGAACAUUAGAAGGCUCCUGUUAUGUACAGAUUUACAGUCAAAGUGGCAUUGAGUUGUAUACCAAGUUUACUACGAACGUUCAUGAUGAUUUCGGUGAAGCACAGCCAAUUACCAAUGCUGACGACAACAGAUUUGUUGCACACGUUACCAACCAAUUGUCGACAUCCACCGGUAAUGCUGGAGAAUUAAAAUAUGCUCACUUGUAUCAAGAAAAUCUGAAAAUCAUUCAAGCUCAAACCUACAGUCGUCGAGAUCAAGACAAAUGUUCUUAUGAGUUUAUUUCAACCAGUUUCAAGUGUCCAGCAGACAACUUCCUAUCUAUGUCAUCUGGAAUCGAUCGUUUUGGUUAUCUGUAUCAAAGAAUUCAGCCGGUUGCAUGCUACAGUGGUGCGGUGGCAGAAGACUGUAUUAAUGGUGUUUACCACAAUGGUCGUUGUAUCUGUGAACCGUACUAUUCCGGUGACUUCUGCACAAUUCCAUCUUGCCAACAUGGUACCCUGGACUCUGUUCUACAACACUGUACCUGUUCUGAUGAAUACACUGGUCCGACAGAAUACGAAAAAGAAUAUACACCUACUACAGACGAGCGUUCGAUAAUGAAUGCUGUUAGUAGAGUCAUGGAAAGUGACUUUAUUCGAUACCGAUCUUUGAUGUGGAUAGUCACUGCAGGGGUACCGGAAGAUGCUAAUCGAUUAUCCCUUGCCCUUGACGCUGUAGCUCGACGUCAUGUUUACGUCAACUUCUUGAUAAUUGGAGACAAGUCUGGCCCAGCUAACGUGCAGUAUAAUGAUAGCAGACUGUUAGCUUGCUUUGACCUAGUGACCGAAACUGGUGGGCAGUUUUAUCAGGUAUCAGAAGAAGAGGGAAAGCUGUCGAAAUUCUGGCAAGGUCUACUUUCUGAACUCUACGAUGUUUACUACAUAUCGACGAAAAGACUAAUCAGCUGUCCUGCCGGUAUUGACGAAUACAUUCAAGUUGGAAGCAAAACAAUUACUUUGAUAGUUGAUGUUUAUGGCCAAGGAACUAUGAAUGUUUUUAGUCCAAAUGGUACAGUUGCUAGCUACACGAAGGCCGCAAGUUCAAGAACAAACCUAGUGGUAGUAGUAGAAGCUGACGUGCCAGGGUUAUGGCGUAUUGUAAUAACUGGGAAUAAAGCGUUCUGUGGAAUAUCUGUAAGAGGUCAAUCGGACUUUGAAGUCUACGUAGCAUUCACUUGGGAUAUGAGCACCGAUAAUGGUUUACACUCUAAUGACGGAGAGGCAUAUCCAGUUGCUCACGGAAUGCCAAAUGCACUUGUGGCCCAUAGCAGUUUUGGUAAACUCAAUUUUGCACAGGUUUUCAGCAAUGAUGAACGAUCGUUGCUCUGGUCAUCACCUCUUGUUGCUCGUCAAAAUUGUGUCUAUCAGUAUAUUAGCACGAAUGUGUUCAUUUGUCCACAACACUCUUUGGCAGUCUCAGUUGACGGAGAGGAUGAAAACGGAUAUCCAGUCCGGCGAAUGUUUCAUAUCCAUUGCGUAGGAACAAUCCUGACAAUUGCUCCUUUGCCAACCAUUACAACACGACAACCUGUCAUAACAACAGGAUACCCUACAAUUCAGCCUCCAGAUUGCGACAAAAGCGGAAAGUUUGACAUGGUGGCUGUGAUGCAAGAACUGCCUUCCACAGUACCAAUUGACCAGAGCCAUACACGGUUUAUAUUAAGUACCUAUACCGAUGCAUACCACACAGUCAACCCUAAUUUUGAAAUGAUCAAGAGUAGCGAUGACUUCCUUAAAUACCUAGACGUUUUGCGACGUGUCGAAUACGAGGGAACUAUCGGCAACAACAUUCAGAGCAUUUUUGAUGUCGCAAACAAUCUGACAUGGCGAUCCGAUGCAGUAAAAGUGAUCGUAUUCACUUCGUCGAUGGGGUGGGACAAGUCAAAUACUGGACAACCAUUCCCUGACCCAACUGCAUCCGCCACUGCUUUCAAAAGAAACGGAGGAAAAAUUAUACCACUCGGAUUUGGACCAAACGCAGACCAAUCUCAGCUCGUUGCGAUCGGGAACGGCUGUACCAAAAUGUCGAUGAAUCUAGAUUACUUCCAUAGCGUGAUAAUACCGUGGUUAUCAGGCUCUAUUUGCAACGUAGCAGGAGCACUUUUUGAAAUACUCGGAAUUGGCCUGGAGCGAAUUUCUUUUAGAAGUACAAGCCGACUCCCCUAA